AGUGUUUCUGUCGAGAUUGUGACCAUUGUAAAUCAAAAAGGAACAAAAAUGGAGAAGCAAGCUUUAUUUGCGAUUGUUUUGGCUGUUUGUGCCUUUUCCGCAUACGCAUUUCCAUCAUCAUCUUUGGACUCAACCUCAACCUAUGGUCCUGAGAGCAUGGCGGACUUGCAAGAUGUUCUGCAAAAUGCUAUGACUUUGUUCUCACAAAUUAUACAAUCCCUCGGAAAUAAUCCUUACGUAUCAAAUGCAAUCAACAAUUUCACGAACAUCAUGCAACCUUUGAUAAACAUGUUGGCUUUGGCUCAACAAAGCGAAAACUGUGUUGGUGGAAGUUGCUCUCAGUUGGGUGGCGGAUUAGUUGGUGGCUUGCCAGUUAAUGGUGGCAACGUUGUACCUCCAAUUGGUGGCUUGCCAAACGUUAAUGAUGGCGUGAUGUCAGACGUUAAUGCAGUGGGUGGAGAUGUCACCAACAGCGGAACUAUUGCCGAAGAAGUUGUCGAAGUAAACGAUGCUCCUCUAAUAGAGGAUGUAUUGUAAAUUGGAAGGAUAGGAUCACG